UGUGUUUUUUGCUAACAGGGCAGAGGCACCUUUUAAAGAAAGCACUGGCUCUCUUAUACUGAGAACUUUCUUGCUGAUAUUUAUUUUUUACAUUUAUAUCCCACUCUUCCUCCGAGGAGCUCAGAGUGCUGUACAUGGUUAUUUUUAUCUUCACAACAACCCUGUGAGGUAGGUUAGGAUGAGAGAUACAGGAGUCACCCAGUGAGUUUCAUGGUUGAACGAGGAUUUGAACUCGGGUCUUCCCAGUCCUAGUCCAACACACUAACCAAGCUAUGCUGGCUCUAAGGAAAGAAUAUAAAUAUUCUUAGAAAUAAUAACUGCCAGAUGAUGUAGAAAGAAGAGGGUUGGGACUGGAGUCCAAUUUUAAAAGCAAAAGGGAUGCACUGGGGGCAGGGGAGAGCUCAGCCCCGCCCCCCUGCCCUAGGCUUUUCUUCUCCAUAAGGGGCUGGGCUGGAAGGUUCUGUAUACUGCACCUGUGUGGCUCUUUGGCUUCUAAAAUUGGACUUCACUCAUCUUUCUAAAACGUUGGAGGCAGUUUUGUGUUUCAACUGAACAGGUAAAUGCCACCUGUAGUUUGGCCUAAAGGGGAGCAAUAUUUUUGCUGAGAAGGUUAACACUCAUUCCAGUUGUGGUGUGUUAGUAUAAUGUAUAGAGACCUUUACUGGAUUUUUCACCAAACUAGCAACUCUAAGUGGAACUCUGUAGCAGGGUUAAACAAAGGCAGGGAAAGGUAUUCACACAGCUAUGCAAAUAGUUUCCAGUCAUAUUAGAUAAGUAGCUUCAGAGUCUGUUGUUAAUUAUUAGGAGACACUUUCAAAAUGGGGAAGUUGAGGGACAGUAAUGUAAUGUCACAGGGUUUACUAGAUGGAAAUGCUUUACCUUAUCUUUUCCUUGAGGGCCAGAAUAAAGUAGUCCAAGGCCUGUUAUGGUAUCUUAUAUGGUGCCUUAUGUUCCAGUUCUUUUAAUAUUUAUAGGCAUUGUGUAGUAUUGAAGUGGCUUAGCAACUUUGAACCUUAGCAACUUUGCCCCACUGGGGUUCCUGUAUAUGAUCGCAGUUCAACAAGAUGUUUGUGCUUGAUUUUAAAUAUACAUGCCUCUUUUUUUGCAUUCCCUUUGCAAUAUGGAAGUCACGGCAGCGCAGCACUUCCUCAUGCCACUCAGGUAACGUGAGAUACUGUGUCCCCGAAGGAACCCAUGCUGAAGCUUUUCUGCACACCACUAUCACCCUAGUUUCUAGGAAGAAUGGCAUUGGCAUUGGAAAAAGCUGCUGUUUGGGUCCCUCUUAAUAUAAAUGGUCUGGGGCUUCUUGCAUUACUUGAGUGUUCAAGUGAAGAGAGAGACUGCAGCAGUUCCCAUGCCACAAAUGAAACUAGAAGGGAGUCAAAGUGAUUAUGAACAGUGAGCCUUGAGGAUGGCAGCAGAAACCAAUUGUGUCCAUUCAGCAUUUGAGCUGGCAGAAGCAAAUGAUGGCAAAUGGAAUUCCCACCCUAAGCGCUUCCUGGAGCCUAUAGAAAAGAGCACUGAUAUCAAAGCAGGGAUAGUGAAGAAGGUGAAGGAAACUUGCAGCUGCACCCCAGCUAGAGCCAAAGACUUGCUUCUCAGUUUCCUGCCAGUCCUGAAGUGGCUGCCCAAGUACAAGCUGAAAGAGAAUAUCUUGGGAGAUCUGAUGUCUGGUUUGAUUGUGGGCAUCUUGUUGGUUCCACAGUCUAUUGCCUAUUCUCUGUUGGCUGGCCAAGAACCUAUCUAUGGUCUGUAUACAUCAUUUUUUGCCAGCAUUAUUUAUUUCCUGUUUGGAACUUCUCGUCACAUCUCCGUUGGCAUUUUUGGUGUACUCUGCCUGAUGGUGGGAGAAGUGGUGGACCGUGAAGUGCAGAGGGCUGGAUAUGAUUUGGAAUCAAGUAUUCCUAGCAGUCAUCAAAUAGACGCCUACUUAAAUAGCAGCACGCUGAGGCCUCUGACAGUGAACCAGAUGUCACCAAUGUCGUGUGAUAGAAGUUGCUAUGCAAUUACUGUUGGAGCCACUUUGACUUUUAUAGCUGGGAUUUAUCAGGUUGCCAUGGGCUUCUUCCAGGUGGGCUUUGUCUCUGUGUACCUCUCUGAUUCCUUGCUCAGUGGAUUUGUUACAGGAGCUUCUUUCACCAUCCUUACCUCACAAGUGAAAUACCUCUUGGGCCUAGACAUUCCUCGGAGCAAUGGCAUUGGUUCCCUUGUAACCACUUGGAUAAACAUAUUCAGAAACAUUCACAAAACCAACCUCUGUGAUGUCAUCACCAGCUUCUUGUGCCUUCUUGUUCUUAUACCAACCAAAGAGAUAAAUGAACGAUUCAAAUCCAAACUUAAGGCUCCCUUGCCCACUGAACUGGUGGUGGUUGUGGUAGCUACCCUGGCAUCUCAUUUUGGGAAGUUCAAAGAGAAGUAUGACUCCAGUGUUUCUGGACACAUCCCAACUGGGUUUCUGCCACCACAACCACCAGAUUGGACUCUUAUUCCCAGUGUGGCUAUAGAUGCAGUGGCCAUAGCCAUUAUUGGUUUUGCCAUUACUGUGUCUCUCUCUGAGAUGUUUGCCAAGAAGCAUGGCUACACAGUUAAACCCAACCAGGAAAUGUAUGCCAUCGGUUUCUGCAACAUCAUUCCUUCUUUCUUCCACUGUUUCACAACCAGUGCAGCUCUUGCCAAGACACUUGUCAAAGAGUCAACUGGCUGUAAGACUCAGAUCUCUGGUGUAGUCACUGGCUUGGUCAUCUUGUUAGUCCUCCUUGUGAUUGCUCCCCUGUUCUAUUCCCUUCAGAAAUGUGUCCUAGGAGUUAUAACUAUUGUCAAUCUCAGAGGAGCCUUGCGGAAAUUCGAGGACUUACCCAAAAUGUGGCGGCUAAGCAAAGUGGACACAGUGAUCUGGUUUGUCACCAUGUUAUCAUCAGCACUGAUAAGUACUGAACUUGGUCUUCUGAUCGGAGUCUGCUUCUCCAUGUUUUGUAUCAUUGUGCGGACUCAGAGACCAGAAGGACAAUUACUGGGCUGGGUCCCAGAAUCUGAAAUCUAUGAACCUCUUCCCGCAUACAAGGACCUUCAGACAAAGCCAGGUAUCAAAAUCUUUCGUUAUGAAGCACCUCUCUACUAUGCCAAUAAAGAGAACUUCAAGUCCAUGCUGUACAAGCGGACUGGAGUCAACCCUUUGUUGGAGCUGGCAGCAAAGAGAAAGGUAGAAAAGCAAAAGCUGAGUGGGAAAAUGGCCAAUUCCAAUGGAAACCCAGCAGAAGUCUCUGUACAGCUUGUCACUCAGCCGUUGGCAUUUCAUACCAUUGUGAUCGACUGCUGUGCAGUGCAAUUCUUAGAUACAGCAGGGAUCCACACUCUCAAAGAAGUUCACAAAGAUUAUGGGGAAAUUGGCAUCCAGGUACUGCUGGCUCGGUGCAAUCCUGAUGUGAGGGAUUCUCUGCACCGAGGGGAGUACAUUAAAAAAGGGGAAAAAACUUUCCUCUUCCAUAGUGUGCACCAAGCUGUGGAAUAUACGUUAUGUGCUGAUAGGCAGAAUGGGUGCUAUGCAUCUGAAGCUUAGUGGAAGUAAAAAGUUCACCCUGAAUAUUCACAAACUUCCAAAAUGGCAGAGUGUGUGUGUGACGAUGGACAUGCAGUCACACAUUUAAAUUGAUAUGCUAUUGAUUUUACAAUAUCGUAAACAUGUGUUUUGAUGCUUUACUUUUGCUCUGCUGGAUAGGGCAUUUAGAAAGCAGUAAUUACUAGUGUGUGGUGAUGUGGACAGCCAUCUCCACAUUUCUCUCAGAACAAAUACUUUUAAAGCUAGAAGUGCCUCACACAUCACCUUUUGAUGCUUUCAAGUCCCAAGUUUUCCAUCUUGCAUUGAUGCCUACACAUAUUUGGUCUUGUGGAGAUAACACUAUCUUUCUGGUUGGGACUUUGCCUUAAAACAGUAAAUGUGUCAUUUUAUCGAGCUGAUUAGUUAGAACAGUCAUUCUCUAGUGCAGAGCUUUUCUAGGUCUCUUACUCCCUGAUGUGUCCAAAAGGUUAUUAAGAACAUACAUAUGGCUGAGGUUUGACUUGUUGACUGGGUCUUCUGCUGAUCAUAAGUGCCUUUAUGGAGAUUUGAAAUGGUGAGGAGACACUGGCUGACAUCCUGACUAAAGAAGCCCUUGCAGAAGGAUGUUCCAAUAGUGCGAGGCUGCUGCACUGGCUACUUGCUCUGUGCCUGGAGCUUGCAUUCCAGACUGGUGUUGGGCAACAGCAAGCAUGCUUGCACAACAGUUGCACAACCUGGGGCAGGCCUCAUUUGUGUUAAACACAACUUUUGCACAAUAGAGCUAGAGUGCCUUUCCACAAAUCCCUGUUUUUCAACACAGCUAUGUGACCCCGUUUUGGUAGCACAGCUUUCUUUUGGUAGCCGAAGCACUUCAUUACUUGGUAUAUCAGCCACUUUUAACAGUUUUAUAAUUUGAUUUUUAAAGUUGUGUGUUUUGUAACCUAUGAAGCAAACUGGGCACUUAAUUAUUUGGAAACCAAAGCACUGACCAAUGCAUGGUGACUGCAGAGUAAUCGGAGCCUGCAAAGCUCAUUUGUAAAUAGUUGCCCUCCGUGUACAUCACACAUACACACACAAGAGAAGCAGGUAAUGGGGGUCUUCCUCUGGAAACUAGCAGCUAUUGCAUGACAGGGAUAUGCAAGAAUGAAAUAAAAACCUCUUAUGGCCACUUUCAGCCCAAGAGCCCCCCCCCCACCCCACAUUACCUGUUAGUGAUACUGGAGCUAUUUAAGUUCUGAAUUAUGUGUCUGCAUGUUCAGUUGUAAAGGAUUUGUUUUGUUGGGUGGUGGGAAGGAAACAUUCUUUUGCAUAAUUUUUCUAACUACUAUUUCUAUUUUAAAAUGUUCUGGAAAAGAACAUAAGAAUGGGAGGAAGAAAGGAAGCUCUGUAACUCCUCUGUGUAAUUAUUAGCUUUCUUAGCACAUGAGAACAAGAGUUUUAACAUCUUAAUACAGGAGAUUGUUAUGCAAAGACUUUUCCUGUUCAGCCUCUUUUGUAAGCAUUGCAAACUGUCAUAGAUACCAGCCACCGUAAAAUGCCUAGUAGAUCAUCCAACACUUAUUCUGGCAAGUGUAGAAUCCCUGCAUUAUGGGAUUCUAUGCAACACAGGGUUUUAAAAACUGAAAUACAUAGCAAGCAAUGUUCCUUCUAAUUUUUAUCAUGAGUGGGAAUAAUUUUGUACUGGUCGGUAGUAUCAAGGCAGUGUUCAUGCUCGCAUGCUCUCACACACACACACGGAAAGUAUUAAUGUGCCACGCAAAGCACGACACACAAAAUUUUUAAAUUUCUUUUAAAAAUCAAUUAUCAAGGAAUUAAUGCAUGCGCGUGCGCACACACACACACACAGAGAAGGAAUUAAUGUGCGUGCACAUGCGCGUGCACACACACCAGGAAGGAAUUAAUGUGCACACGCCCACACACACACCGGGGAAGAAUUAAUACACGUAUGUACACACACAUUUUAAAAUCUUUUUAGAUUUUUAUUAAUUAUCAAGGGAUUAAUGCAUGCACACGCACACACCAGGAAGAAAUUAGUGCUUUUGAAUAAAUUUGAUGACAGGGUUGCUUUUUGUUUGAUGUUAUAUUAUUUUUUAAACUCCAGUGUUUUAGGAUUU